AUGUCACUUCUAGACCCGGUCGUGGAUCCGAGCAAUUUCCGGAUACAGUUGCCCGCAGAACUGUAUCUCGAUAUUGCUGAAUGGCUUGGCAAGGAAUUGCAGGAGACAACGAAGCCGAUGUACUCGGCGACUACUGACGACGACGACGAUGACGAGGUUGUCAGGGACUUGACGAGGAUAGGGACCAUCAUAUCGAAGGUUCGGGAGAUGCAUCCCACAAUGGCCAUGCUCAACGCGGGCAUGGUCAACAAAUACUACCACCAAACCAUCACCGGGAUUACUCUCCGAUGGGAUGCGACGAGCGAAAACCCCAGAGCCAUCUACCACGCCGCUGUGCACAACCACGCGAAUCUCCUCCGCCAGGCCCUAGAGCAGCCGGGGGCCAAACCAGAUUUCACACCAUACGGCCAUCGUCUUCCUUCGUGGACACCCCUGAUGGUGGCCGCAUCGAAAGGCUACGCCCAAGUCGUGGACCUGCUUCUGCAAAAAGGUGCCAACGCUGCGCUCAGCUUCGCCUGUAAAGCCUCGGCCAAAUGGAAACCACGUCCUUUUGUUCAAAACCUCGAGUCUAUGCCCGAGCAUUCGUUGAACGAAGACUUGUUGGACAAGCCCACGCCCCUCCACGCCGCCAUGCUAGCUCCUCAAAAUGCAUUAGUAAUGUCCAAAAACAUCAUUGCGUCUCUCCCACCACGGUUCUUAAGUAAGAUUGCUGAUCCGGCUGGGCUCUUCCUUGCUGUUGCUGUUGCUCAAAAUCACCUCGAGUUGGUGGAUAUGUUAAUCAACCGAGGCGCAGACUUUGAUCAUGGGGGCCUGACGAUCCACGAGAUGAGUCUUCCGGUGCUUCACCACGCCAUCUCCGGUGAGAUGGUUCUCAAGUUGACCCUAUCUGGCGCGCCGCUGCAAACUCCCCCUCAGGUCGGUCUCAAUGCUCUCCAUGCUGUCUGUCUCCGUCAGACAGAUUGCUCUACGGCAAUCAGAGAGCUCGUCCGGCAGGGCGUCAACGUGAACGAGGCCACAGCAGGCGCAGAUCAGCGACCAGCUCUUCUCGUCAGCCACCCGGCGCUUCUCGGGAGAAUCCCUCAGACGGCUCUCAGCCUCGCAUGCAGGCAGCUCAACGUCGCUCACAUCCAGACGCUACUCGAACUAGGCGCUCACCCGCUUGGAGCUUGUCCUGGAAUCAAAUCUAGCGAGAACAUGAACAACGGUGAGUUCUUCAUGGUGACACCGCUUCACGAUGUGUUUCUUCCGGAUGAUUCGGCCUCUAAUCUGCAAGCCAGGAGCCCGGGGGGACUAGGUCUCGCCAUGAAAGCGGCUGUUCAUUUGCUACUGAGUCAUCCUAUGGGCUCUCAUGCACUAUCAUGUUAUGGGAAUGUUCGCCUCGGGCAGCCUGAUGUAGACGUCAUGGCCAAAAUUUCGCAACGAUACUGGGUCGAUGCCUCGAUCCUUGAAGUACCCGACUUUGGUGACUACACUCCGCUCCAGCUCUUCUUCAUACAUCCGUUCGUGGACGAUCCCGAUAUCCCACAAGCAAUGUUCGACUUGUCAGAAGAUGGUACGGAGCAGAUUAACAGCGUGAUAGAGCCGUACUACACUACGCCGCUCCUGGCUCUCCUGGGCCACCGCUUCAACCACGCACUCGGUGACGCAAACUUUUACCGGCCUAGACUGGUCGAGUGGAUCCUGCAACACGGCGCCGACCCGAACAUCGCGGACAGGGAAGGCUUGACGCCCCUCCACUAUGCAGUCUUUUGGCUCGAUGCCCGGGCCGUUGAGCUCCUGAUUCAAUACGGCGCCAGGGUCGACCCCAAGGACGAGCUCAAAGUCAUCGAGGUCCUCUUUGGCCGCGUGUACAGCAAGGAACACCAAAACAACCGCGUCGUCCACCGGAGCGCGUGGAAGCAGAUGGUGAAGCUGGUCGACGAGCACGCGCCGACAAUGCAUGGCGUCCGCAGCUGCAUCAAGCGCUGGCAGCCCGACACGCCGCUGCCCGCGUGUACCUUUCCCCACUUUGAGGCCAAGUUUUCGCACGCCGCGGCGGACUUGAUGAGGGACGAUGCGGUGCACCCGCAAAUCGUUGCGCGGUGGGGAGGGUUGUACGACGGUCUGCGGGGGGACGCCGACGACCGCAGGAGGAGGAUCUUUGUGGCGCUGGUGCAGGUGCCGCGGGUGCUGCCUUUUGCGAAGCCCAAGGUGACGUACUCGGAGCGGUAUUCUCACGGUUUCGCGCCGAGGAUUGGCACGAUUCGGUACAGCGUCAUGGACUGGGCUAUGGCGACGGACCAGAAUGCUUGGUUUCUGCACGAGAUUGAGAGGCUUGGGGGUAGGAUGGGAGUUCAACUGCCUACGGUUGGUGGCAGUUGA